CACAGGAGGAGCUGGCUGAGCUCCAGCAUCUGGCUGUGACAUACAGCACCCUUCAUGAAACCAGACAGAAUUAAACCCUUUGUUUCCUGUUUGCUGGGCGGGCUUAGAAAAAAGUCAGUGAGGCUGGAGCUCUCAACAAGACAGUCUUUGUAUUAAUUUAAUUAAACGGUUCAGCUGAGGGGUGGUGAGGAUGAGAAUUCAUAUUAUAAAUACCUGCUUUCCUUAGAGUUUCACUUGGCUUUGGCAUAGGGACCUGGACAUCCACCCACACGUUCCAUGAUGCCAGUGAGUGUGUGGUGUAUCUCAAGAUCAGAACCAAAAUAAAAUACCAUAAUGAGCUUGCACCUUCAUCUGCUACUUUGGUGUUGCCAGCCUGCAGCUGGGAAUGCUGCUUGGAAUUUUUUCCCCACUUACCAGUGAUUUUGCUGCAGUUACUUUCACAUCCCAGUGGUGCAGAUGUGGGAAGCAGGUACUGUCUGAGGUCAGAUCCUGAGGCUUCUCUGCCCUCCAAAACCUUCUGGAAUCUGCACUGCCCCCCACAAAUGUGCUUCCUUGAUGAUUCUCUCCAAGAUCUUCCCGAGCACUGAGAAUCAUUUGGGCAUAUUUGAUAUAACCAGUUCCUGCCAUUACAUGGCUUCAAGAUACAAGAGAAAUCAAGGACAUCACCUAUGCUCUUCCUGGGGUUACGCUCAUUUGUCUUCUUCAUUCCUGGACAAGAUGAAACUAAAGGUGCCAAGAUAAGAUUGGACUCUGCAGCUGAGAGAUAACUGAGGAGAAAGAGGAAGUACAGCAACCCAGCAAGAAGAGGUGAAGCUAGGCUCCACUCUACACUACUGCUAAGGGAAAAGUCUCUGGUCAAAGUGUGAAGUAUAAGACACCACAAGUGCUGACAAUAUCUCUCAGACAACUUCAGGUUCUAGAUGUGAAUCAAUCCCAUGAUGCAACAUGUCUCCCCAGCAUCAGCUCUGACAAUGAUGGCCACACAGAGUGUGCCCCCUCCCCCUUACCAAGAGAGCCAGCAGAUGACUGCCACAACACAACAGCCAGCUAAGGCACAGCCAGUGCACAUUACAACACCCUCAGCAGCAGCCAAUACCCCUGUCCCAAGCACUCCCAUUGACCCUCAGGCACAGCUGGAGGCUGACAAGCGGGCUGUCUACAGACACCCUCUCUUCCCACUUCUGACGCUGCUGUUUGAAAAGUGUGAACAGGCAACACAGGGCUCCGAAUGCAUCACUUCAGCCAGCUUUGAUGUGGACAUUGAGAAUUUUGUACACCAGCAGGAACAGGAACACAAACCAUUCUUCAGCGAUGACCCUGAACUGGACAAUCUGAUGGUGAAAGCAAUUCAGGUUCUGAGAAUCCAUCUGCUGGAGCUGGAGAAGGUGAAUGAAUUGUGCAAGGACUUUUGUAACCGUUAUAUCACCUGCCUCAAAACUAAGAUGCACAGCGACAACUUACUCAGGAAUGACCUUGGGGGGCCCUACUCCCCAAACCAGUCCUCCAUAAACCUACACCAACAGGAUAUGCUGCAGAAUUCUCCUAACUCGAUGACUGCAGUAUCCAACAAUCCCCAGGGAAUCGUGGUACCUGCAUCAGCAAUACAGCAGGGAAACAUCUCCAUGACAACAGUCAACUCACAAGUUGUGUCAGGUGGAACCCUUUACCAGCCUGUAACUAUGGUAACAUCUCAGGGCCAGGUGGUAACCCAAGCAAUCCCGCAAGGAGCCAUACAGAUCCAGAACACACAGGUUAACCUGGACCUGACCUCCCUCCUUGACAGUGAAGAUAAAAAGUCAAAGAACAAAAGGGGAGUGCUACCAAAGCAUGCUACAAACAUAAUGCGUUCCUGGCUCUUCCAGCAUCUUAUGCACCCUUACCCAACAGAGGAUGAGAAAAGGCAGAUAGCAGCACAGACAAACCUGACACUUUUGCAAGUCAAUAACUGGUUUAUCAAUGCCCGACGGCGCAUUCUGCAGCCCAUGCUUGAUGCAAGCAAUCCAGAUCCAGCUCCCAAAGCCAAGAAGAUCAAGUCCCAACAUCGGCCUACUCAAAGAUUCUGGCCCAACUCCAUCGCAGCUGGUGUGCUGCAGCAGCAAGGAGGCAAUCCUGGUACUAAUCCUGAUGGCUCUAUAAAUAUGGACAACCUGCAGUCCCUGUCAUCCGAUAAUGCUACCAUUGCUAUGCAGCAAGCCAUGAUGGCAGCUCAUGAUGACUCACUUGAUGGUACAGAAGAUGAGGAAGAAGAUGAAAUAGAGGAAGAGGAAGAUGAUGAACUGGAGGAAGAUAAUGAUGAGCUCCAGACAACAAAUGUUAGUGACCUUGGUUUGGAACACAGUGACUCACUGGAGUAGCAAAUAACUGAAGGUCCCUGAUUUUAAAUGAAGCAGAUGCCUCCUGGAAAGUUGUUCCUUACCUAAAUCAGAAGCUGAGGAAUCCUUGAACUUUGUCAUAAAAGUUCCCACACAUUUCUUUAAAAAUUAUAUAUGACAAAAUCAAGUAAUGAUGCCCUACAAAGUGUCUCAUUUGCCUGGAUCAGACUGCAAAUGUGGACUGGUGUGCACAUUUAAGAGACCGGUAGAAUGUGCAGGCUUUUUAUUUAAAUGGAGGACACAUGUUUACAAGGCACAUAUUGUGGCCAGCUUUUUCCUUUUUCUUUUCUUUUGAUAAGAACACAAAAGUGUUUUUAGGGUAAGCUGUUUUCUGUAUGACUGUUUGAUGGAUGUUAUCAUGAAAUGCCUUUUUGUGAUAUGCAGGUAAGAGGCAAGCCUUUUCAUUUUCAUUGCUUUUCUGAAAGAUUUAUAGAUAUGAAAGUACUCACACUUUUUUAGAAAAGUAAAAGAUUGUAAUGAUUAUAGAGAUCCAAAUGUAGGGAAAUCAGUUUGCAAAUUUGCAGAAUUUAAAACUGAAUAUUGAAAAGAAUUUAACAUUGGAUUCACUUAGGCCCCUAAUUAGAGCUGAUUAAAUGAAUUUCUACUCUUUAGACUUUCAGCUUGUACUACACAAGUGUAGCAAAAUCAGACUACAGAGGAGGCACACAUUUUGUGACAGCUCAGUGUGAAACUGAGAAUUUAAAUCAUUUUAAUUUGAUUUUUUGUUUAUGACACAGUUAGUGGAAUUUCUAUGCCAUAGGUGCAAUGUCACAUGACUAAGAACAUACCAAGAAUGUGUAUUUUAGGUGCUACUAAAUAAAGACCAUGAAUACUGAAAAAUUCAGUCAGAAAUAACUGGACACUUUUAUACUUGCAGUAUAUUAAUCAAAUAUGAAACAAAAUUCUAAAUUUUCUUUGUUCAUCUGACAUGUGCUCAAAUUUCAGAAACAGUUCCAUACUCUGCUAUGAUAAAUACAGGUAACUUCUGUUUGAUCUCCUGGCUUUGAGGCAUCAGGGAUUUCUAAAACAGGAACAUUUUCUUUAGCAACACUAAUUGAUGUUUCUGUCAAAAUGAUGAAAUAAAAAAGGCCUUCCCAUCAUACCCAUCAUAUGGAAUACACACCAAAAUUACUUCUUGUUUAAUCAUUUCAUCCAGAAAAUAAGAAUGCUAGAACUGGAACCCUCUUGAAAUAAAAGGCAAGCUUAGAUAUCUUUUAUACAUUUUGAUUUGGGAUCAGAUCCAUAAACACUUUCAUUUGUCAAUGAAGAAGGUAUGUGAUGAGGUACAGGGCAAUACUAGUAAUAGAAGCCCCAGGAAACAUGAUAACAUGACUGCCCGGUGUUCUAAUACAUACAACUAAUAAGAAUGAGAUUAUCGAAACACCAUAUUUUAUGACAUUACCCUGUACCUUUUCCCCCCAAAACCACCUGGUGGAAAUUGGGGUGUGCAUUCAUAGAUUCAUAGAUAUUAGGGUCAAAAGGGACCUCAGCAGAUCAUUGACUCCGACCCCCUGCCCCAGGCAGGAAAAAGAUAUGGGGUCAGAUAACCCCAGCCAGGUGCUUGUCCAUUACAUGUGAGAAAAACAGAUCCCCAUGCAUCUGGAAUUUUAGUGACAGGGGAGAGGUGGCAGUGUUGUCAUGGCUUCUAAAGCAAUGCCAAUUAAUGCUCCACUGCUCCAUUGCCACCAAAUUUCUGGACCCAUAGGGAGCCCUCUCCCAUGCUUGCCAGUUGACAUGGCUCUUCACACUGGAUUGAGCCAGUGCAUGGGGUCAGACCCAGCAGGUGGCCCCAGAUCUGGCACACAGCCCUGGACUGGGUCACAAGAGUGGACUUGCCCCAGACCCAGUGCAUAUGGUUGGACCUGGCACACAGCCCCACAUCUGGCAUGAGGUAUUGGACUCCAAACCUGAACAUGGACCUAGUGAACUGAGUCAAACCCAGCAUGUGGCCUCAGCCCCAGAACAUAGGUUUGGACCCAUCAUGCUGCCCCAGACACUGGAUCCCAGAUUCAAUGUGCACAGCUGGACCAUGUAUACAGCCCCCAACCCAGCAGGUGACCCUGUACCCAGUACAUUGGACUGAUCCACAGGCCACAUCUGGCACAUGGGACUGGCAGCAAGCUCAGGAUCCAGCUCAGCUCCCUAGCUGCUGCUAUUCAGUUUAUAUAAGGAAGAUUUUUUUUUUUUCCUUCAUGGUGCCCUUUACAAAGAAGGUAUCUAUUAAAUAUAGGAGCUUGCUGUAUGUGAGAAAAUAUGAUAAUCAGAAAAAUGGAAAGAAAGACCCUUGAGCCUAGUCAUAACAUAGGAAGAAAAUAAAACACCAUUGUAAGAAAGAAAUUUGAUGUCCAACAUUUAGUCUCUCCCUCCUCCACUCCAUGAUAGUGAAUACUGGAACUGAAUAAGGGUACAUUUCUUAUGCACAUUCAGAAUCACUGUAAAUUGUAAUUAGAACAUUUUAGUAAGAAACCAUAGCUAACAAUCCUGUACCUCCUGGAAGUGGUUUCUGUUGAAAAAGUGGAAGGUCUUUAAGUUCCACUUUUGGAGAGAGGAGUGGAUUUGAAAGUGAUGCGGAUUUGAAAGUGAUGCAGGCUUUCUGAAAUGAAUCAUAGAAAUGCAGGGCUGGAAGGGACCUCUGCAAGUCACCUAGUCCAACUCCUGCUUAAGGCUUCAAUAUCCUGCUCCCUCCCCCUCUUCCCCAAAGACAGUUGAUAUUUAAUGAUCUUGUAGAAAAUUGGCAAAACAAUUUAAUUUCUAGUCAAUGUAAUAGACUAUAUCUCAAUGUCAUAAUUAGAACAAGUUUCACUUUUGAAAGUGUGGUGGAGUAGGAGCUUUACUCCUUGGAUCAUAUUCUGUGUUGAAAACAUUUGCAUAAAACACCAUCCCCUACACUACACACUUUAUGUACCCCUACAUGUACCUGAUUUUAUAUAGUCCUCACUUGAUACAACGAAAUAAUGUACUCUGGGUUUGAGAUAUUUUCAGUAAAAUUAAUGUUUUAUUAUAAAGCUUGAUCCCACUUUUAAGAUUUAUUCCUCUACAACAAUGAUAUUUCCUCUUCCCCGAACCUGCAGUCUUCACUCUGCUUCUUCUUUUGGGUCUUGAGGAGUUGAGAGGUUUUAUUAAACACAAUAAAGGUUGGGUCAAUAAUUCCAUGGGAAUGUUAUGGAAUGGCAAUGGUCAUAAAGACCCAUUUUCAAUACUGGUAUGGCUUGAAUGUAAUGUGUAAUUUCAUAAAAAAAUCAUUGUAAUUUAGUAUUAAUUCAUGUCCAUUUAUUAUAAAGUGCUACCAGAUGAGGUUUUGCAGAUGUAUUUCAUUGUGAUUUUAUUUAUAUGUUCUUGAAAAAGAAUUAGGAAUAAAGAGUAAUAGAAAUUCAUGGUAGUGGGGGAACCCAGUGCUACACAAGAUAUGAGUUCUCUUAACUUGAUUCUCUUUUGUCAGGCCUCAGAAUUGAAAAUUGUUGUUAUUCUCAAAAACUGUUGAAGAUGUCUGAAAUGGUGGCCAUUCCCUAUAGCUACCACUUUACCUGUUUUGUGAUAAUGACUGGAAGAUGAGAGCAACCUGACUGAGAAAAGUCAGUCCUCCUUCUACAGCAGUAACUCCUUCUACAGCAAGCUGCAUUUAUUCUCACAAUCCAUAUGUGGUAUAUGUAUCUGAAUUAAAGGAACAGAUACACAGGUCUGAGCAAUCAUUUUGUUCAAUCCAAAAGAGCUGCAGAUCAUAUUGCUUAUGUUGGGCAUUCAGUUCCUAUAACUGUGAGGUUAAAAUACUCAAAAUUCUCUAGCUGACAAAGUAAAUGCAUUUCUAAAUAAAGAUAAAAAAUGGAA